UGUAACACAUGAUCAUAUGGUCCCUACCCCUCUCUGUAAUUUUUUCUGCAAACAAAGAAUCCAAAAAAACGUUUGACGACCCUGCACCUGCUGACUGGUAUUUCAACAUUUUAUCAACUUAUAUAAAUCAGCUAACAGACAAUACUACUAAACCCAAAGCUCUCUCUCUUACUUAAUUCAAUUCAAACCUUGUAUUAUUACUUACAUUUCCCUUAUAACUAUUCCCUCUUUCUCUAUAAACUCGUUGUUAAUUUGAAGAAGUCGAAAAAAAUGAUGCAUCGUUGUAGUGGGAGUAUGGUUGGUCCAUGUUCAUGCGGUCUUUUUCAUAACCAAAGUGGAAGUAGUGCUACUACUACUACUUCAUCUGCAUUCUCAAUGCUCUUCUCCCAUGAAUAUUCAGAAAACAUGUACUCUUCGUCUUCCAAUGUUGAUUGUACUCUUUCCUUAGGAACUCCUUCUACUCGCCUUAUCAAUGAAGACAAUCAUGAAAAGAGAUCCUCAGUUUACUCUAAUCAUGAACGUCUUCGCUCUUCUUUCUGGGAUAUACUUCAUCCCAAACAACAUGUUACUACUCCUCAAUACAAGUCCACUCGUGGUGCCAACAACAACUCUACUACUACUGAUCCACUUGUCGCUCGCCGCUGUGCUAACUGUGACACCACUUCUACACCUCUAUGGAGAAAUGGACCUAGAGGACCUAAGUCACUUUGCAAUGCGUGUGGAAUUCGUUUUAAGAAAGAAGAGAGAAGAGCGAGUGCAGCAGCAGCGACGGCUAAUGGUGGAGGAGGAGCGGAAACGACGACGCAUCAACACUGGGUUCAUCAUCAUCACCAUUCACAGCCAACAAAAAUGGCUUGUUUCUCUUCAGCUAGUUAUGGAAAUGAGUUCAGGUUCAUUGAGGAUAAUGAGCAUCACCGUGACUCCGAUGCUGCCGCCACCGCCACCGCCAUUCCAUUCUUUCCUUGGCGUCUCAAUGUUGCUGAUAGGCCUAGCCUUGUUCAUGACUUUACUAGAUGAUUUUUAUUUUUUUUUUAUAAUCAAAAGUAGGAUCAAGGUUUAAUCAUUAUAUAAUCUCAAGAGGAGAAGAAAUUAAAACGGGAGAUGAAACUAUUUGAUGACGUGUCAUGAUGAUGGUGGGCUAUGGUUGAAGAAAUUCUUUUAUCUUUUUAUGGUCCAAAGUCUUUCCUAUAGAGAUGGAGUGAAAAUGAGUUAAUUCUAUGUUUUUAUGUUUCUUGGCUUUUUUCCAUCCUUUUGGGUACUAGUUGUUAUAUACAUUACUCCUAGUAUCUUUAACUUUUCACUUUGAUGAUGAUCAAUCAUAUAUAUAUAUAUGUUACUUUUGAGACUCCUA